CAGUGCAUUUGCGCAGUUCGGGGCUUGUCUGUUCGUUUGUCGGCGCUAUCAAUAAAGUUUUAGCGAGCGCACACUUUCUUUUUUCUUGCCAAGAUGGCCGAGUACGACUUGACUACUCGUAUCGCGCACUUUUUGGAUCGGCAUCUAGUCUUUCCGUUGCUUGAGUUUCUCUCCGUAAAGGAGAUAUAUAAUGAAAAAGAAUUAUUACAGGGGAAAUUGGAUCUUCUUAGUGAUACCAACAUGGUGGAUUUUGCUAUGGAUGUAUACAAAAACCUUUAUUCUGAUGAUAUUCCUCAUGCUUUGAGAGAAAAAAGAACUACUGUUGUUGCACAACUGAAACAGCUACAGGCAGAAACAGAACCAAUUGUGAAGAUGUUCGAAGAUCCAGAAACUACCAGGCAAAUGCAAUCAACCAGGGAUGGUCGGAUGCUGUUUGAUUAUCUGGCAGACAAGCAUGGUUUUAGGCAGGAAUAUUUAGAUACACUCUAUAGGUAUGCAAAAUUCCAGUAUGAAUGUGGAAAUUACUCUGGAGCAGCGGAAUAUCUUUACUUCUUUAGAGUGUUGGUUCCAGCAACGGAUAGAAAUGCUUUGAGUUCACUCUGGGGAAAACUGGCCUCUGAAAUCUUAAUGCAAAAUUGGGAUGCAGCCAUGGAAGACCUUACCCGACUAAAAGAGACCAUAGAUAAUAAUUCUGUGAGUUCUCCACUUCAGUCUCUUCAGCAGCGAACAUGGCUCAUUCACUGGUCUCUGUUUGUUUUCUUCAAUCACCCCAAAGGACGUGAUAACAUUAUCGAUCUCUUCCUUUACCAGCCACAGUAUCUGAAUGCAAUUCAGACGAUGUGUCCACACAUACUCCGCUAUUUGACCACAGCAGUCAUAACAAACAAAGAUGUUCGAAAACGCCGGCAGGUACUAAAAGAUCUGGUCAAAGUUAUUCAACAGGAGUCUUACACAUAUAAAGACCCAAUUACAGAGUUUGUUGAAUGCUUGUAUGUUAAUUUUGACUUUGAUGGGGCUCAGAAAAAGCUGAGGGAAUGUGAAUCAGUGCUAGUGAAUGAUUUCUUUUUGGUGGCUUGUCUUGAGGAUUUCAUUGAAAAUGCUCGUCUUUUCAUAUUUGAGACUUUUUGUCGCAUCCAUCAGUGUAUCAGCAUUAACAUGUUGGCAGAUAAACUGAAUAUGACUCCAGAAGAAGCUGAAAGGUGGAUUGUAAAUUUGAUUAGAAACGCAAGACUGGAUGCCAAGAUUGAUUCUAAAUUAGGUCAUGUGGUUAUGGGUAACAAUGCAGUCUCACCCUAUCAGCAAGUGAUUGAAAAGACCAAAAGCCUUUCAUUUAGAAGCCAGAUGUUGGCCAUGAAUAUUGAGAAGAAACUGAAUCAAAAUAGUAGGUCAGAGGCUCCUAACUGGGCAACUCAGGACUCUGGCUUUUAUUGAAGAUCUGUAAAGAAAAAUGAAGAAAAAAACUGUAAAAGAAAGAUGAAAUAAUAAAGCCAUUAUAUAAAGGUGAAACAUUUUAGAAACAACAUAAUGAUUAUAAAUUUUGGAGACUUUAAAUAAAAUUGGCUGUGUUUCAUUUUA